GUCCCCCUCCGCCCCGCCGCCCAGCCCAGGGACGUGCUAUGGCUACGUCUAUCCUCGGGGAAGAGCCGAGAUUUGGAACGACUCCCCUGGCCAUGCUGGCCGCCACCUGCAACAAGAUCGGCAACACCAGCCCCCUGACCACCCUGCCCGAGUCCAGCGCCUUCGCCAAAGGGGGCUUCCACCCCUGGAAACGCUCCACCUCCAGCUGCAACCUGGGCUCCAGCCUCUCGGGCUUCACGGUGGCCACGAGCAGGGGCUCCAGCGGACUGGCCAGCGGCACGGGCACCGCCAACAGCGCCUUCUGCCUGGCCUCCACCUCGCCCACCUCGUCGGCCUUCAGCAGCGACUACGGCGGCCUCUUCUCCAACUCGGCGGCGGCGGCGGCGGGCGUGUCCCCGCAGGAGCCCGGCGGGCAGUCGGCCUUCAUCUCCAAAGUGCACAGCUCGGCGGCCGAGAGCCUCUACCCGCGGGUGGGCAUGGCGCACCCCUACGAGUCCUGGUACAAGUCGGGCUUCCACUCCACGCUCUCGGCGGGCGAGGUGGCCAACGGGGCGGCCUCCUCCUGGUGGGACGUGCACACCAACCCGGGCUCCUGGCUGGAGGUGCAGAACCCGGCGGGGGGGCUGCAGAGCUCGCUGCACUCGGGCGCCCCCCAGGCCUCGCUGCACUCCCAGCUGGGCACCUACAACCCCGACUUCAGCUCCCUCACCCACUCCGCCUUCAGCUCCACCGGCCUGGGCUCCACGGCCGCCUCGCACCUGCUCUCCACCAGCCAGCACCUGCUCACCCAGGAGGGCUUCAAGCCCGUCCUGCCCUCCUACACGGACUCCAGCGCGGCGGUGGCGGCGGCCAGCGCCAUGAUCUCGGGCGCCGCCGCCGCCGCCGCCGGGGGCGGCUCGGCCCGCUCCGCCCGCCGCUACUCGGGCCGCGCCACCUGCGACUGCCCCAACUGCCAGGAGGCCGAGCGGCUGGGGCCGGCGGGGGCCAGCCUGCGGCGCAAGGGGCUGCACAGCUGCCACAUCCCCGGCUGCGGCAAGGUGUACGGCAAGACCUCGCACCUGAAGGCGCACCUGCGCUGGCACACGGGCGAGCGGCCCUUCGUCUGCAACUGGCUCUUCUGCGGCAAGCGCUUCACCCGCUCCGACGAGCUGCAGCGGCACCUGCGGACUCACACGGGCGAGAAGCGCUUCGCCUGCCCCGUCUGCAACAAGCGCUUCAUGCGCAGCGACCACCUGAGCAAACACAUCAAAACGCACAACGGGGGCGGCGGGGGCAAAAAGGGCAGCGACAGCGACACGGACGCCAGCAACCUGGAGACGCCGCGCUCCGAGUCCCCCGACCUCAUCCUGCACGAGGGGGUGGGCGCCGCCGCCCGCGGACCGGGCAAGGAACCUACCGCGGGGCCCGGCGACUCCUAGGGGCAGCGCCGCCCGG